AAAUAGGGGAAAGGCAGUGCUAAAUGAAGGGGUUGGGUGACAGGGGACUACAUUGGGUUUUAUCUCUAGCAAAAGCCUGAGAUACCUUUGGGGCCAAUGGAGAGCCUGGCCAGCAGAAGGAGAAAAGGGUGGAGCUGAGCCAUGAGGGAAGGGAUAAAUGCCAGGCCCUGACCCACAGCACCCACCCGUCGUUCGUUCGUCCUCAGUGCAGGGCAACAGGACUUCGGGCUUAAAGAUGGUAGCAGCAGCCAUGUUGCUACAGUGCUGUCCAGUGCUUGCCCGGGGCCACAUAGGCCUCCUGGGCAAGAUGAUUAAAACUCACCAGUUCCUGUUUGGUCCUGGACGCUGUCCUAUACUGGCCACCUAUGGACCAACCUGUUCUCAAAUCCACCUUAAGGCAACCAAGGCUGGAGGAGACUCUCCAUCUUGGGCCAAGAGCCACUGUCCCUUUAUGCUGUCAGAACUCCAGGAUGGGAAGAGCAAGAUUGUGCAGAAGGCAGCUCCAGAAGUCCAGGAGGAUGUGAAGACUUUCAAGACAGACCUGCCCAGAUCCCUGGCCUCAACCAGCCUGAGAAAGCCAUUCUCCAAUUCCCAGGAGCCAGAGCUAAUUUCAGAGAAGGUCACACACCUGGUUCAGAACAACAUGAUUGGAAACCAUGUUUUUGGUUAUGACCAGUUUUUCAGGCAUAAGAUCAUGGAGAAGAAACAGGACCACACCUACCGUGUGUUCAAGACCGUAAACCGCUGGGCUGAUGCAUACCCCUUUGCCCAACACUUCUCUGAGGCAUCUAUGGCCUCAAAGGAUGUGUCUGUCUGGUGCAGUAAUGACUACCUAGGCAUGAGCCGGCACCCUCGGGUUUUGCAAGCUACACAGGAGACCCUGCAGCGUCAUGGAGCUGGAGCUGGUGGUACCCGCAACAUUUCAGGUACCAGUAAGUUUCAUGUGGAGCUGGAGCAGGAGCUGGCUGAACUGCACCAAAAAGAUGCAGCCCUGCUCUUCUCUUCCUGUUUUGUGGCCAAUGACUCUACUCUCUUCACCCUGGCAAAGAUCCUGCCAGGGUGUGAGAUUUACUCAGAUGCAGGCAAUCAUGCUUCAAUGAUCCAAGGUAUUCGCAACAGUGGAGCAGUCAAGUUUGUCUUCAGGCACAAUGACCCUGACCACCUGAAGAAACUUCUAAAGGAGUCCAACCCUAGGACACCCAAAAUUGUGGCCUUUGAGACUGUUCACUCCAUGGAUGGUGCCAUCUGUCCUCUUGAGGAGUUGUGUGAUGUGGCCCACCAGUAUGGGGCUCUGACCUUCGUGGAUGAGGUUCAUGCUGUAGGACUAUAUGGGUCCCGGGGUGCUGGAAUUGGGGAGCGUGAUGGAAUUAUGUACAAGAUUGACAUUGUCUCUGGAACUCUUGGCAAGGCCUUUGGCUGUGUGGGUGGCUACAUCGCCAGCACCCGUGACUUGGUGGACAUGGUGCGCUCCUAUGCUGCCGGCUUCAUCUUUACCACUUCACUGCCUCCCAUGGUGCUCUCUGGGGCUUUGGAAUCUGUGCGGCUGCUCAAGGGAGAGGAGGGCCAAGCCCUGAGGCGAGCCCACCAGCGCAAUGUCAAGCACAUGCGCCAGCUACUAAUGGACAGGAGCCUUCCUGUCAUCCCCUGCCCCAGCCACAUCAUCCCCAUCCGGGUGGGUGAUGCAGCACUGAACAGCAAGAUCUGUGAUCUCCUGCUCUCCAAGCAUGGUAUCUAUGUGCAGGCCAUCAACUACCCAACUGUCCCCCGGGGUGAAGAGCUACUGCGCCUGGCACCCUCUCCCCACCACAGCCCUCAGAUGAUGGAAGACUUUGUGCAGAAGCUGUUGGUAGCCUGGACUGAGGUGGAGCUGCCCCUCCAGGAUGUGUCUAUGGCUGCCUGCAAUUUCUGUCAUCGGCCUGUGCACUUUGAGCUCAUGAGUGAGUGGGAACGUUCCUACUUUGGGAACAUGGGGCCCCAGUAUGUCACCACCUAUGCCUGAGAAGCCAGCUGCCUCAAAGCCCCACCCCAUCUGCACUUCACAUGGGACUUAGCCUCUUCCUGACCUCUGCUUUGCUGUGUGCCUCUCACUGACUUCAGUCUGAAAAUAAAGAACAAACUGCAGCAUUUGUAGCCCUUCAUUAGACAGGAAACUGCAUUAUAUCUGACUCCUUCAGACAAGUGGCAGAGCCAUGAGGAAACCAUAGAUCACUUGUUGGUCUGACCAACCCAUUUUACUGAUAGGGACACUGAUCCAGAAAGAGG